GUUCACUAUCCUGCAGCGCACUCACACAGCUUGCGCCCGCGGUGUCAGAAGUAAAUAUUUGCAAAGUGCGAUAGAUGGAAUGUGGUGUUGCAGCUGCUCGGGGUGAGAUAAGCGCUAUGUCUAAGCUGGCACACGGUCGUUAUAACCAGGCUUUCUCUUCCCCCAACACCCCUUAAAAACUGUUGGGAGGGGGGUGGGUGUGCGAUUGAGGUCAUUGUCCAACUGAAAAAAAAAGCUGCAUGCUAAUCGGCUCGGUCAAAGCGUCAACUGGAGCGGGUCCAUUCUCGUAGUGAAUGAGCUGGUUAUGGAGGUGCUGUGGCCUCGUGGCCGGUGCAGUAUACCCCAGAGCUGGGGCACUGACUGCAGUCAUCGCCAUUCCUGAAACCCAAUCGCUUCGCAGCAAGAGACCGCCGGCGGGUUUUGCGCCAGAAAGCGAUGAUUUCGAGUCAGUUUUUUCAACCUUGGUGUGUCUACCCCUUUAAGGAAGAGCGUGUCCCAGGGAUUGCUGCUUUCCGACUAACCAAUGAGGGAUGGAGCCUCCAGAAAGUCUUUUCAGUCCUUUCGUACAAUUCGACGCAUGUUAAAAUAAAGUAAGUGUCUCGAAGCACCGCAAGGAGCGUGGGUGCAGAAAGUGCCGACCAUCUUGAUUUUGACUUGCUGGAUCAUAUUUGCUGACCCCGGGAGUCGGUUUGUAUGAACGGACCCUGUGCAGCCUCAGUGUGAGGCGGGGCUGGAGCUGGGAUUAGCACUGGAGACCCGCUUCAUUCAGCGCUCUCUGAAUUCACUGUGGGCCGACAGCGCGGCCUCUUUAAGCCACCCUUCGACUCUUGCCCUGUCAGGAUUUGAGCAGCAUCCUGGAGAGGACGGGUGGGGGGAGGGGGUCAGAGCGAGCGAGCGAGCGAGAGAGAGAAAUUACAAACUGCUUCUGUGACUAUAGUGAACCCGAAUCCCUGAACAGCAAGCGCACACGCCAAACACAAGGAUAACGGCGUUUUAUUUUUAGCGAAGACGACGUUGAACUGUCAUCAUCGUGUUUUUUUUUAUAAACGGUGAGUGUUUGGUGCAGGGGAAACCAAGCAACGCGCCUGUGGGAGAUAAAUAAAUCAGAUUAAAACCGAAAGAGUGCGGUGUUGCAGGUUCCUUCUGAUUGUCAGUGUGCUGUUGGAAAGCGGGGGGCGAAAUCUGUUGGGAGUCAGCCUGGAACGCACUGAGUCUCCCCGCCGCCACCCCAAACACCCUCCCCGAGCGGACGAUUCUGGAUCUAAUCCCCUAGUCAACGGUCUCGCUUGAAAUGCCUGCCUGUUAAUCGUGACUGUUCCAGUCGAACAGAAAACCGCUGGUGACCCAUUAAAACAGAUGCUAUUCCGGGCGCUGCUGACUUCUUCCCGCUCCUUUACUCCGAACUCUUCUUCAGGAAGGGCAAGAAAAGGAUUGAGUCGAUGAAAAUCUCCUGAGAGAAGCCAGAAGUAAAUGUUUACCACCCCCCUCCAAAAAAAGUGCCAAGUGCAUUCUAAAUUCUCACCCACCCCCAUCACUUACACACACAGACACUCUCUCCCUCACACAGACACUCUCUCUCUCUCACACACACAGACACUCUCUCCCUCACACACAUACACCCUCUCUCUUUCACACACGCGCGCACACAGAGAGUCCUGGCUCGCUUCAGUCAGCCGCUAAGUCCUCAAAGCUCAUCCCAUGACGUAAAAGGAAAAAUGAAGAGACUGGUCGAGGGCAAGUGAUUUUCCGAUGCAACUGAACGUCCCAAAUGUGCUGGUGCACUGGGUGAAAGCAGCAGCCUCGAAGGUUCCUGCAGCUUGGGGGUGAGCGAGAGGCAGACUUUCCACAGCCAUCAUUGAAGAGGCAGAGAGACAGGAGAGAGAGCGAGAGGGGGAGCGAGCUGCAUUCUAAAGAUUCACUUACAUUCUUAUCACGUCGGCAUUUUCCUCAGACUCUUCAACAACGAGAGUGAAGGCAGCUCGAGCAUAUCCUCAACUCUUUUCACUUCUUGAACUAAAAUCGGCUACGGACGUUAUUGCAUCUCCAGGAGCUCCCCUACGCCUCAUAGCUGCUGUCCCUCCAGCUGAACAGAGAGAAAAAAAAGAUGUUCUGGAUAACCCUUUUAAGCACAAUAGCUCUAGGAUGGAGUACGUCGAUUCCACUGAUGGAGGACUCCAAAGAGUUAGAUGAAUCUUGCAUGAAUCCAUGCUACUGCGAAGAAAAGGAAAGUUUUUUGCAAAUACACUGUGAAAGUAAAGGUUUUACAAAUCUUAGUCAGAUAACCGAGUCAUGGAGAAGACCGUUUAAACUUUACCUACAAAGAAACUCAAUGAGGAAACUCUAUUCUAACGGGUUUCUGUUUCUAACUAACGCAGUAUCAAUUAACCUUGGAAACAACGCCCUGCAGGACAUUCAGGCAGGUGCCUUUAAUGGCAUGAAACUUCUGAAACGCUUAUAUUUACACGAAAACAAACUAGAGGUUUUUCGAAAUGAUACAUUCUUGGGUUUGGAGAGUUUGGAGUAUCUGCAGGCCGACUACAACGUGCUGAAGAGGAUUGAUGGCGGUGCAUUUAGGAACCUCAAUAAACUUAAAGUGUUGAUAAUCAAUGACAAUCUGAUACCCCUUCUACCGCACAAUCUCUUCAGGGCAGUUUCCUUAACCCACAUCGAUCUGCGUGGUAAUAGGUUAAAGUCAUUGGUUUAUGCGGGGACGCUGGAAUACAUUGGCCGGCGCCUCAUGGAGAUCCAAUUGGAGGAGAACCCAUGGAACUGUACGUGUGACAUUGUGCCAUUGAAGUCUUGGCUAGAAAGCAUACCGUACACGGUUCUUGUCGGGGAUAUUACGUGUGAGACACCAUUCCAUCUCCAUGGCAAGGAUUUGAGGGAGAUCAAGAGAAGUGAAUUGUGCCCGAUUCACUCAAGCGUGGAGGUAGAGGUCAGCUUGGGUAUCCCACAGCUUGCUUCCAGUAACGACAAUGCAUGGCCUACCAAGCCUUCCUCCAUGUCUUUAUCAGUGACAUACACGGCCUCUUCUGUUGAAUACAAGACAUCAGGUAAAUUGCCAAAAGCAACCAAGACUCCAAACACUUUAAAAGCACAGCCAACUCUGCGCAGCGUUUAUUCGGGACAAAAUCAGCCUAUAGUUGCAGGCUAUCAGACCAGGCCACCCAUCCCUAUUAUCUGUCCCACGGAAUGUACCUGCAGCUUACAUAUCAAUGAUUUGGGAUUGACAGUACAGUGCAAAAAUAAAGCGAUCCAGAAUAUGUCUGAAUUAAUACCAAGGCCGCUGAACGCUAAGAAGUUGUAUUUAACUGAGAAUCUAAUUCAGAAAAUCUACAGAUCAGAUUUCUGGAAUUUCUCCAGUUUGGAUCUUUUGCAUUUGGGGAGCAACAGUGUGUCAUAUAUUCAAGAUGGUGCUUUCAUGAAUCUUCCAAAUUUAAAAACCUUGUACUUGAACAACAACGAAAUCGAACGUCUCACCCCCGGCAUGUUCAGAGGGCUGCACAGUUUAGAAUACCUAUAUUUUGAAUACAAUAUCAUAAGGGAAAUCCAACCAGCGUCUUUCAGCUUGAUGCCUAAUCUUCAGCUAUUGUUUCUCAACAAUAAUCUUCUCCGAACUCUACCCACGGACGCUUUCACGGGCACCUCUCUGGGUAGGCUGAACCUGAGAAAUAACUACUUUCUGUAUCUGCCGGUGAGUGGAGUGCUCGAGCAUUUGGACUCCAUUGUACAGAUCGAUCUGAACCAGAAUCCCUGGGAUUGCUCGUGCGAUUUGAUUGCUCUCAAGCAGUGGGUGGAAAAGAUCAGUACAGUUAAACUGAUUGGCAACGUGCUGUGCGAGACACCGGAGUUCUUAAGCGGGGUGGAUCUGAAGAUGGUCGACUACGAGGUGUUAUGCCCCGAACUGAAACAUGCCGCUGCCUCUCCGGCCGUGCCCGGCUUCGGGGGGAAUGGUAAUGUGAUUUCUACAACCACGGGGUUCGGCUUCUCCUCGCAAGGUGGCGCCAUUCCUCUUUCAGUCCUGAUCCUGAGCCUUCUGAUAAUUUUCAUUUCAGCUGUAUUUAUUGCCGCGGGUCUCUUCGCUUUCGUGCUUAGGAGGCGUAAGAAAUCGCCCUUCAGGAGACGGCAGGACGUCGACCUGACUGGUAUGCAAAUGCAGUGCAGAAUCUUCGAGGAGAGAGCUGCCAACUCACCCGAGAAAGCGGCCAGUCACGUUUACGACUACAUCCCCCACCCGGUCACUCAAAUGUGCAACAAUCCCAUCUAUAAACCACGUGAGGGUGAAAUGGAGGAGGAAUUCGCAGAGACUCAGGAAAAUAAUACUAAUUACAAAACUCUGGAGAAAGACAAGGAAUGGAAAACGUCACUGUCAAACAGCAACCUUAAUACCAUAGUUACGAUCAAUCAGACUAACGAUUUUGCAAAUUUUCCAGAAAAUGGGGUUAUAUAUCCCAGUGUGUUGGACAGAGAUAGAACAGCUCACACGGUUGGCUUUGUGGACUGCCUGUAUGGCACCGUGCCCAAGUUAAAAGAGCUGCAUGUCCACCCUCCUGGCAUACAAUAUCCUGACUUACAGCAAGAUGCCAGGUUUAAAGAAACGAUUCUUUUUGGCUCAUCUGGACGGGGAUAUCCUGAACAAACCCAGAGCGAAUACCUCGAGUUAAGGGCCAAACUUCAAACUAAGCCAGACUACCUCGAAGUACUAGAGAAGACAUCCUACCGAUUUUAGAUAUCAUACCAACAGAAACGAACCCCAAACUCAGCAUGUUUUAGAAGGUAAAGGGAAAUUAUCCGCCAUCCCCUCAUUAGGUUGCUUUGGACGAAAGGCCAUAUUCAAAUCAUACUCAAUGAAGUGCCUUUGCAGACUUUAGCCAGCAAUGAUAUGAAUCAUAUUUUUUUAUGGUAACGAGAACUGACUGCCGUCUGUAGUCAUAUAGAGGGCUGGUUAUCGACCGUCAUAUAAAUAACCCUAUUCAUUACUGGCAGCGACUUUGUUCACUUUAUUUGGCAGGAAGUGAUGGCUCUCUCUUGCUCUCUCCCUCUCUCACCCAAAUGAACGCCGAGAGCAUAAUCUGUGAAACAUUGACUGCAGUCUCGCUGCAUGUGUAAAGCUGCCGGGGUAUAACUCGCUCAAAUGACAAGAAGUUAACUUGGUAAUUAAAGUGACUGCAACGCUCUAUCGUUCAGUGUUAUUUAAUUUUUUUUAUAUUAUAUAUAAAUAUAUAUUAUAUUCAAGAGGGGAGUAUUAAAAAAAAACUCUACGACGCAUCUAUGGAUUUCAAUUUGUGAAUAUGACGCCAAGAUUUUAUUAUAAACAAUGCACUUUCUUAAAAAAAGCUCGUCAAUGUUGAUGCUUAUACCACUAACAGCUUUGUAAGAAGCACUUUUAAUGUUUUCUCUCUCUCUCAAACACACACAAAGAUUUCGAAGUGUGCAUAUUUAUUCUGUAAUUUCUGUGAACAAUCAUUGUAAAGGUAAUAAUGUUAACUCAAUGUAGUGACUGCGUCUGGUAAAGCUUUCAUAAUAAAAGGGUGAUAAACUAUGCAAUGACAUGUAAAGAUUGUAUGUGAAUAGAACGACAGCAGGCGAAGGAAACACAAGAUAUAAAUUUGCAAAAUGGAAAACCCCCGAUUCCAGAAUCAAAUCUAACAUGUCUUACAACAAGCUUCUCUCGUCUACCCACUAUAUUUAGAACUGUUUUGCCUUAAUAUAAUCUACCGUCACUUAAAUGACAUUAGCAGUUUCUGAGACUUAAAGCACAGUAGGCAAAAUAUUGCAAAGACGAUUGGACAUUAGCACGUUGGUAAUUCUACUCAGCCAUCUUUUGGAGAGUUUUAGUUUCUUUUUAAAUAUUUUGUUUUAUUCUCUAAAAAAAUGCAUCUAGUUUUGCAGCAAGUCCAGUCUGUGGGGACCAAAAUAGACUGCGCCAUCGUCACACCGGGCACAACACAAGGAAGCCAGUAACUAAAAGGAAGCUGGAUCUUAAUGUAAAUAACGUUAUCCUUGAUAAACUGCUUUGCUGGCGCUGUUUGGUUCCACACUCAGUCAACGGCGGCCAUGAUGUCAAGGGUGGUCACUUUCCCCUCACCUUUGGAAUGCAGCUGUUUGAUCCACAUCAAAGAUUUUAAUGAG